UGAACAAGGUCAAAGGUCACCGAGGCUAAUCGGAAACUUAAUUAAUAACUGGAACUACUUCUGAAAAUCAGGCAUAGAAACGUACCUAAGAAGACGAGAUGCUGUCCACCAAGCUACUCGCACAGUCAGCCUCUAAGUACCUGGCAGCUACAGCCACUUGGGGAGUUGGUCCAUUCUGUACUACCCUUCCGAGUCUUUCUCACCCAAAAAAGAUAGCCCUACCGACUGGAGGAAAACUAGAGACACCGUCGUUCCUGCCAUGGGGUCCCAUUUCAGCCACAGCCAGAUCAAAACCAUUGGUGCCAGUUCGCUACGGACACACUGACCUUUCUGUCCCUGAUUUUAGUGAGUACAGACGAGCAGAAAGUCAACAGACUGAUAAAAGAUCAAAUGAUCUCGGACGAAAAGCAGCCACUUAUGCGGUCACACUGGGAGGGGGUGUGGUUGGCAUUCAUUUAGCUAAGAACUCUGUCGUUGGUCUACUGAGCAGUAUGUCUGCUACUGCUGACGUCCUGGCCAUGGCUAAUAUCGAGGUGGAUCUGUCCAUGAUUCCAGAGGGGAAAAACAUGAUUAUAAAAUGGCGGGGGAAGCCCCUAUUUAUUAGAAACCGUUCGAGUGACGAGAUUGAGGAAGUACGUGGUGUGGACGUCACUUCUCUGAGAGACCCUCAGCAUGAUCACGAGCGAGUUGUUCGAGAGCAGUGGUUGGUGGUGAUCGGUGUGUGCACUCAUCUCGGCUGCGUGCCCAUCUCAAAUGCUGGAGAUUACGGAGGCUACUAUUGUCCGUGUCAUGGCUCUCAUUACGAUGCCUCAGGGCGUGUCAGGAAAGGGCCAGCUCCUCUCAAUUUGGAAGUCCCCCAUUACGAGUUUCAGACGGAUACAAUGUUGGUGGUAGGAUAGAAACUGUUGUAUGUACUACAUAGUUGUUGUUCAUAAAUAUUAUAGGCAAUUAAAUGUCAUUAAUUAAUGAAGUAUUAAUAAUUAUUUAUUAUUUUGUGCUUUUGUGAAUCUAGUGUAUGAAGUGUACAGUGCUAUAAUUAUCAUUAUCAGGUGUUUAAUAUUACUUUAUUCACUUAA